AUGGAUAAAAACGUGGACAAGAAAAAUCAGAGACGUUAUGAAAAUUUUUUGUUGUUCAAUGCUAGAAGUUUGAAGGCCACAGUUGAGGAGAAAGUUAGCGGGUUACCACACGUUGUAAAAGUGACUAAGUUAGAUCUAUUUAUAGAUUAUAUGCAUGAAUAUAAACCGACAAUUGCCGUUGUGGUUGAGAGUUGGCUUAAUGCCAAUAUAUCCGAUGAUGAUUUACUUAUCGCUGACUAUCAAUCUCCGUUAAGAAAAGAUAGAGCAGGAAUGACUGGUGGAGGAAUACUCGUGUACGUUCGUAAUAACCUCCCGUGUAAACGCCUAGUAGAAUUAGAAGAUCAAUUAUACGAAACAAUAUUUUUCUCUGUCACAUUUCCAACGAAUAAAACAUUCGUUAUUUCAGCAUGUUAUCGCCCAGAUUGGGUGGACGUCACUGCGUCCACGAAUCAUUUAGAAAAAAGUCUAUUUGAAAUAAGAACAAAAGCCACAUACAAAUUCACUAACAUUGUCAUUCUCGGAGACUUUAAUGCACAUUGUUAUGAGUGGUGUGAAACGAAAUCUUCUACUAGUGAAGGUAAACAUUUCCACGAAUUCGAUAUAUUACCCACGAAGGAUAAUAUUUCCGACGUAAAUAAGGUGAUUGUUCUUCCAAAACUUUAUUCUAAAUGCGAUCAUGAUGUUGUUCAAAUUUCUUAUUCUUUCUUAAAUACUCCGAUAAGAGAAUACAAAUGGUGCAUUUAUGAUUAUCGUCUAACGAACUGGGACCUUUUCAGGCAAGAGCUUUCCAAUAUUGAUUGGUUCGGUCUGAUCCAUCGUCUAACAUUACACGAUAUCGUGGCAGCUAUAGAAAAUAAAAUCUCAGAAAUAGCUUAUUUAGUUACUCCUCAUAAAUAUAUUACCGUGAGAUCAAACGAUAAACCCUGGUUCACGGAUAAACUGAGGAACAUGAGUAAAAUUAAACAUGAUUUAUAUAUAAUAAAAUGUCAGCAGAAAACAUACACUGCUGAAAAAGAAUAUAUGCAAGCUUCAAAAAAAUUCGAACAGGAAUGUCGACGAGAAAAGAAAUCGUAUUACAGAAAACUGUCGACUGAUAUGAACACUUCAUCAAAGCGCAACAAACAAAUAUUCCUUUGUAUCAAUUCGCCAAAAUGA